UGCACGUGGACUUUAUUUGGCCUACGAUUAAGGUACCCAACCACACCAGGUCAACUUUUAUAACAAAUAAACUCAGAACAAUGAUGGAUCUGGAAACUGUGGAUCUAGUGGUGAAAUUAGGUGGCAGCGCUAUUACAGAUAAAUGUCGAUUAGAGACACUGAAACAGGAGGAAUUGGUUUCGGCAGCUGACGUCAUCGCACAAUGUGUACAUCGUGGACUUCGAUGUGUGGUUGUUCACGGAGCAGGGUCAUUCGGUCAUCACCAUGCUAAAGAAUACCAAGUUACUAGUGGUUUGAUUGGAACAUCAGAAGAGGUGAAGAGACGACGACACGGUGUGUGUCUCACUCGUAUAUCUGUCACCAAGGUAAUGUGUCUCAUUUGUAUACUAUUUGUUAUCAAGGUAGUUUUAUGUCUCAUAUGCAUAUCUGUUCCCAUCAUAAUGUGCCUCACCCAUAUAUUUAUGAUAAAUUUAAACCAUUUGGUAGUAAGGAGUCUUGUGGACAAGAAUAUUAAUGCUAUUGGUGUAUCAGCUGCUGGUUCCUGGAUGACGGAUAAUGGUCGAAUUUCUCGCCACGGAGUGACUGGUAUACUAGAACUACUGAACAGUGGAUUUGUGCCAGUCUUACAUGGUGACUGCAUACUUGACUCGAGUAAGGGAUGUGCCAUCCUAAGUGGUGAUGUCAUAAUCAAGACCAUCUGCAAAGAACAAGAGGUAAAUCGUGUUGUAUUUUUAUCAGACGUGUCUGGAGUGUUCGACAAACCUCCUUCACUACCAGACGCAGUGCACAUUUCGAAGAUCUGUGGUAAUGAAAACGGAAGAAUAUCGACAGACAUUUCGACGUCAAGCAAUCCUUAUGACGUCACGGGCGGAAUGUUAUUGAAGAUACACACAGCAAAAGAUAUUGUCAUGAAUUCUUGCGGAAAGACAAAAGUGUACGUCACUAAAAUUGGAUCAAAGAGUGCAAACCAUAUUUGUUUAGGACUGGAUACAGGACAGUUAGAUUCUUCAUCAUUUACAGAAAUCGUUUACCAUCAGUAUAAUGAAACCACAUAGAACAGCCUGAUGCUGCCGUUCCGGGUUCCUGUCUAUACAAAAGGAAUCCUGGUGGAAUUACAGGUUUUCAUUACACAGAUUCUGAAUCAUAUAAUUAUAUAGCUGACUUGUGGACAGCCCUAUCACAAGCUUGAACUGAAUUUUGGUAUAUGACUUGAAACAUAUGUUUUCUUUCACCGUUGGCAGUGCGCUCUUUCAUCCGGGCCAUCAAGUUCAUAAUUGAUAUUUAUACAAUGUACAGAACAUGAAAAAACUACUUGUUUUUUAUCAUAUCGCAAAAUGAAAUAAUCUUAUUUUGAAAAAUAUCCAUAUGUUCCCAUUCACACACAAUGUACAGUACUGCGACUUACUCGAGCUAGUAAUAUUUGGUUGACUUCUGAAAAUUUCUUUUUGAUUGCUAAAGCUGUAUACCUGACCCUAUUUUAUGUCAGAGUGGUUCCUUAACUGGAGAGAUUAGUGCUUUUCACCGCUGAGUGGCGCAUUUUGUCUUCACAGUCCUUCCUUCCAAUUAAACAAAGGAUUGAAAAGGGAUUUCAAAAGAUCCUUUGUGUUUAUUUUGAUAUUGUAUCGCAAGAUUUAUAUGUACAAACCCAGUAUGUAAUUGUUAAAAGAGUCAGUUAUUUUGUUUUUGUGAUCUCACUAAAGUGGACAUUGCAGAAAACUUGAGAUUAAUCCCAAAUUAUAACUGUGAAAUUUGUAACAGUGUUAUAAAAUCUAAGAUGGUUGUCUGUUUGUCAUUUUAGUUUUUCCGAAUCAAUCUCAAAGUGGACAAUUUACAACUAAUAAAAAGACCAAGGGGAUUAUUGUAUGAUUUCUGUGAAAGUUUUAUCAGGUACACUGUACCAUUAAUGAAAUAGCCACACCAAGAAUAAUUUUAUGAAGACCAUGUUAAGCUGAUUUGAACAGUCAACUAGCUGGUGCUGGUGGACUAAAACCA